CGCACCGGUCAAUGCUUCACGGCGCACCUGCCCUCAGUGUCUCGCCCAUGCGAGGGAUACGGAACAAAAUCAAGGGGUUUACUUGAGCAAAUCCGUGGAGAAGGACGGUGAAUUGCCGUGCAAGUGAAACAGCGGAAGGAAAACUUAACGGAGACAUGAACGAGACACUGGUUGUGAAUGACUCUUUGACAGCGGCUGUCGAAGCGGCUCUCCCCUCCCAUGAGUCUCCGGAUAUGAACGCUACCCUGGAACUCUCAAAGGCCCCACUAGACUUUGCCAUCAACCCGUGGGACAUCAUGCUCUGUAUGUCGGGCACCGUCAUUGCAUGCGAAAACGCCAUAGUGGUAGCCAUCAUAUUCUACACACCAACCCUGAGAACCCCCAUGUUCGUGCUCAUAGGUAGCCUAGCCACUGCGGACUUACUAGCCGGUUUGGGAUUAAUCCUAAACUUUGUGUUCCAGUACGUCAUCUCCGACGAAACUAUCAAUCUUAUAACUGUCGGGUUCUUGGUAGCCUCCUUCACGGCGUCCAUCAGCAGCCUCCUCGCCAUAACGGUGGACCGUUACUUCUCUCUGUACAACGCGCUGACAUACUUCUCAGAAAAGACCCUCCAGUAUGUCCACGUAAUGCUUGUGGGGACUUGGGGGGGUUCACUGUGCCUGGGUCUGCUGCCCGUGCUCGGCUGGAACUGUCUGAACGAGCCACAGUCAUGCAGUAUUGUGCGCCCGCUCACCCGCAGCAACGUGACGCUGCUGGCCAUCUCAUUUUUCGUUAUAUUUAUGCUUAUGCUCAUGCUCUAUUUCAAAAUUUGCAAGAUAGUGUGCCGCCACGCGCACCAGAUUGCGCUCCAGCAGCACUUUUUCACCACCUCGCAUUACGUGGCAACCAAAAAGGGUGUCUCCACGCUCGCCAUCAUCCUCGGCACGUUUGGCGCGAGUUGGCUGCCUUUUGCCAUUUACUGCCUGGUGGGGGAGCGAGAGUACCCGUCGGUGUACACGUAUGCCACGCUGCUACCGGCUACCUACAACUCCAUGAUCAACCCUAUCAUCUACGCUUACCGGAACGCUGACAUCCAGCGCUCGCUGUAUGUUCUUUUCUGCGGCUGUUUCAAGGCCAACAGAGCAUACUGCUCGCGGUCCCCUAGCGAGGUCUAGGACAGUCCAAGAGAGACAGAGAUAUAGUGAGCGUGAGAGAGUCAUGUGCACUGUGUGUGUGGCUGCAGACCAUCAACAGUCCGCUUGCUGAAAGUGCUAAUUUGGACACGAAGCUCAAAUCUUUGUCUAACACGUCUGCACUUUAAUGGGGCUCGACAAAAUGAAGGAGUCCAUAACAAAAAAAUGCUGUGAACAAUUACGUUUGUGAAGAUAAUUUAAAUAAAUCUGAGAAUGUUAUUUAAUACGAGAAUGGAAUGAUACAUAUGCACUUUUUUCAAUGUUUCGAACUGCCAAAGCAGUA